CCAGCCAACAAUGCGCACGGGGCGGGCGGGCUGGCGGUGUCCCGGCGGGAUCGGGGACCGUGUGUCCCCGCGGCGUCAGGCGGCAGCGGCACCGCCAGGCCCCGCUGCCCGCUCCCCGCAGCCCCGGAGCCGUGGCCGGAGCCGCUCCCGCCCCCCGGCCCGCGCUGCUGCGCCUGCGCGGAGGGGUGUCCCGCGGGCUCGCAAUGGCGGCGGCGGCGGCGCUGCGGCCGCGGGUGGUGGCGCUGGGCCGGCGGCUCGGGGCGCCCGGGGCCCGCGAUACCUUCUUAGCGAAAGGCUCUGCUAAUCUGGACAAGCUGAAGGACCUCUGCAACGAAGGGAAAGAACAUCCUUCCACGCUUUUUCAGCUCUAUACCCAGGCUGUCCUAGACAUUACGUAUUUUGAGGAAAACCAGCUUGUGGAUGAAGAUUUUCCAGAAGAAUCUGCCUUGCAAAAACUUAAAGAACUUCUUUCUGUUCUUUCAGAACCAGAAGACCUAGUGAGGGAAUGUGGAAUAAAAGAACCCAUCAACAUCCUUGGUGCAGAGUUGUUAGAAUGUCUAUACUGGAGAAAAGGAGCCCUGCUUUACAUGUAUUGCCACACAGCAAAAGAAAGGAGUGAAUGGCUACAAGAAAACAUUGCCACAUUCAAAAAGUGUCUUAAUGAUGGAGUUCAGUACUUGAUGAAGAUGCUUAGCUUUAGAUGUCCUCUUCAGCUAGAUGAAGAUAUCUCACUUCAAGAUAAAGACACAGCUAGAUUACUCAGUGAAGGUGUAUUUAGUGACACUCACUUACUGGCAAUGAUGUACAGUGGAGAAAUGUGCUACUGGGGACUGAAACACUGUGGAGAAGGGAAGCAGGAAAGCCUUGAGUCAAUAGAUCCUGUGUCUAGCGGUGACCUGGGCGGCAGAUCACAGAGCAUAUCACUGGAUUUCCAAGAAACAGGGAGCAACAUGUUAACAAAGUAUGUGGCCGUAUGUGAGGGACCCUUAAAAGGUCAAGGGUGGAACACAACAACUGCGAAACAAAUGCUGCAUUACUUUGUGAAAUCCCGCAACUAAGAUCCACUGCAUUGUCUGUGCUGGAAGAAGACUUGUGGCAUAAGAGCACA